CACGACGAACGAACGAAUCAACUGCCUUGGCUGCUUCUCCAAGCAAAAACAAAAAAAACAAAACAUAAAACCCUCUUUAAAUCCCUAGCGUCCCAACCCAGAAGCAGAAACAGAGCAAUCUUCCAAUCGAAUCCUUAAAUCGAAAGAAUGGGUUUAACGAAUUUCAUACUGACGGUGGCCGGAGUAGGCGCCGUGGUGAUGCUAUUGAAGAGCGACGUCAAGCAAUCUGUCACCGUCUUGAGGCGCAACGUCAAACACAUCCGCCACUGGCUCGAAGAAGAAACCUCCGCCGCCUCCAAGGCAGCACAGUCGAUAAAACCAAAGGAAAUUGAAACCAAGGUUCCGGGGAAGGACAUUCCCAAAGAGAAGAAUUAGUUUGUCCACGAUGUUCUUUUUUUUUUUGGUUACAAUUUGAUUUAUGACUAUGGUAUCAACACCAUUGUCUUCUUAAACUAAUUUUAGUCUGUGGAUUUUAGUUUUCUGUCUCAAUCUCACCUCUUAAACGUUUGAUCACUCUUGGAAAUGAAACACAAUAAUAUAGUCAUGUUUUUUUCAA